AUGUAUCAGCUAUUCCUCACAGCCACGGUGGAGGAAGGUGACUUCCAAGCCGCCUGCGCAGUCUUGGGCGGUUUCUGCGCCAUGGCACCGUGGCAAACGGUCGACCGCGUCCUCUACUUUCAAGGUCCGCCACGGCCGACUGGCAUGUCGAAUCAGAACUCGAUCGAAAAGCCGAUGCGCAAGGACGUCGCUUUCCUCUACAAAGAUCUGCACCAAAACUUGAGCCGGCAGUCCUUUAUUCUCCAAGCGCGCUACGACGUCUCCAAGGACCGUCACAUGGGCCCUCAGGCGGAGCCGCUCGACCUCGAGACCUCGGCCGGCAUCCUACGGUGGAACGACUUUCCAGACCCUCCUCGCGGGAUACCGCUUCUCAUGCAGCGAAAGUUGGUGGAACUGUGGGAGCAAAAGAACCUGCCGUCGGUGAUGCGGGAUAACCAUUACCGGCAGGUCCCCCCUCGGGCCGUCAUCAAUACCUCGACGGAGAUCAUCGAGGAGGUCUACCGAUUUUUUCGUGACGAUGUUGAAUUUUGCUUCACUAGACAGUUCUUCCUCAAGCCCAUCGAGGAGUACACGCCGCUCGAAGGUCGCCAGCAGGCCCAGGCCAAGCCUUUGGCAACUCUGCCCUCGUGGGAUGCCUUGACGCCGGUCGACAUGCAGAACCGAUGGAUGCUCCAAGUCAAAGUGCAUGUGCUGCAAGACAACAAGCCGGACGAGAUCCGAAAGGCGCAGGAGCAACUCGUUUCCAUCCGCGGCGAGCUCGACGGUGUCUUCGACUUCAAAGCCAUCGACCGCAGGGUGCACGACACGAGAGUGGCGAUGCAGCAACAAGGCAUACAAGAGCUACCUCAGAAAGUCAUGCUGGGAAAGACGUGA